AUGAGAUUCCUUCCUUCUGUUGCCCUCGCCCUUGGUGGGUUUGUCACCGCCAAUCCGGUGCCCGUUGACCAUGAGGCUGUGGAGUAUGUACCAGUCUCGCUGCCCCUGACAUGCAGAGAGAACCUAACAUCCGCUGCCACAGGCUCUUCCACCGUCAACGAGUUCGGCUCCAUUACGCCGGAGAACGCCCAGAAGUGGGAUGCCACCGAGCCUAACCGCGGGCAGUUCAAUUGGGGCGCCGCCGAUCAGCACAUGAACUGGGCACGCCAGAAUGGCAAGCACGUUCGCUGCCAUACUCUUGUCUGGUACUCUCAGCUCCCUGGUUGGGUGUCCAACAGCCGCUUCAACAACGCCACCUUGAUCCAGGUCAUGACCAACCACAUCAACCAGGUCAUGGGACGGUACCGUGGGCAGUGCAACCACUGGGAUGUCGACGGCACAUACCGCGACAACGUCUUCCUCCGCACCAUCGGUGAAGCAUACAUCCCCAUGGCCUUCCGCAUUGCCGCUGCCGCCGAUCCUUCCGCCAAGCUGUACUACAACGACUACAACCUCGAGUACCUGGGACCCAAGGUCGAAGGUGCCGCUCGUAUCGUGAGACUCUGCUACAACCUCGAGUACCUGGGACCCAAGGUCGAAGGUGCCGCUCGUAUCGUGAGACUCUGCCAGCAAUACGGAGUCAGAAUCGACGGUGUUGGUUACCAAGGCCACUUGGUCACCGAGAGCACCCCAACCCAAUCCACCCCCACCCCCUCUGAGGCGGACCUUACUGCCGCCUUGAAGAUCACCGCCGACCUUGGUGUUGACGUUGCCUACACUGAGAUCGAUAUCCGCAUGAGGACACCAUCCAAUGCUCAGAAGCUGCAGGCUUUGGCUGAUGCUUAUGGCCGUGUUGCCCGGUCGUGCAUGAAUGUCCCCCGCUGCGUUGGCAUGACCAUUUGGGUACGUCCGCUUGAUAUGACAAGUCUGGUUUUACAGUUGCUAACAGUGAGAAAUAGGGCGUCAGUGACAGGUACUCGUGGGUUCCCCAGACUUUCCAGGGUGAAGGUGACGCGCUUCUUUGGAACAACAACUAUCAAAAGAAGGCGGCGUACGACUCUUUCCUGCGGGGUAUUUCUGGGCAGUAAAUUCGACCUUGGUUGA